AACUCCUUAAUAAAGCACUGGGCGUGGCCAUGCACAGUCCAGUUUUGGAAAGACGGAGCCCUUUUUAAAAGACAAGCAAACAGGAUUUCGUUCACAUUUUACAUUUUGCCCAAGUGUGAAGGUCGAAGAGGAACAAGAAGAUAACAGAGACAUGGACAGCAGACUGGUAUUUUUGGUGGCGUUUGUGAUCGCCUCUGCCGUGCCCUCUAUUAAGGCUGAUUGGAACGCAACUGCUUUAAAUUACAACAUCACACGCAAUGAAUGUAGGAAAACUAAAUUAUGUGUGGAAAACCCGACCGGAUGUGACCCUUCGGGCACCUCAGAUUGCUCCUUUACCUCCACGCAAUUUAACCCCACAAGUGUGAGUCUGUCUUUCGAGCUCAGCGGUAACUCCACCGGAUACAUCGCCCUGGCAGCCGGAGGGAGCACUAAUAUGGCUCAGGGGCGUAAUGUUGUCUUUGUCUGUGGCAAUAAUAAUGGCACUUUCUUCUUCAAAACUGCAAAUCUCACUGCAAACAAUACACUGCAAGAGACAACUUCACCUACUGUAACAGAUAUCCAGUAUAAUCUGAAUCAGUCAAGCAUAAUUCAGUGUGCUUUUAAGAUCGCCAUCAAUUUGACCACCAACAACGAUGCCCUGAGCAUCCUGGGCAUUAACUCCACAACGUUCAACAUCAGCAACAUCGCUAACGCAACAUUAAUUGCAAGCUUUGAAGUCUUUCAGGGUUCAGUCAACGGAACUGUGCUUAUAGGAACGGCAAAGAGCACAUUUGGGGGCCCAAUCACUGUUAAUCUGGCUAACGUCAAUUCUUCUAUUGCCACAACCACCGUUGCACCAAGCACAACCAAGAAAACAACAAGCGGCAGCGCCUCACCCUUCGGUCUAAUGAGUAAUGCUCUCCUGCUUGCUGCCAUCGCUCUGCGUUUGCUCUGAACGACUCGUGGAAAGGACUUUUUUCUGAAGUAUUUUUGUUGUUUUGGCUUUGUUUGGUGAAGUCAAACAGAUUGUUCACAAACAUAUAGGAAGCCCGCUGAGUUUUCAAAUGCAGGGUAUUGAACAUAUGUCUGUGAGUAUGUUUGGAUAAACUGGGACAAUAAUGUCAUAUUUCUUGUUGAUAAUCCAUGUAGUGGAAAUAACUAAGCAGGGCAACUCACUUUUGUAUUUUGCCCGGUGAUUUGAAGUUACAAUAAAGCUGACUGAAUAAACCACACAUGCAGUAGAUGAUUUUAUAAACAUAAUGAAUAUAACAUUUUUUUUUGUUCUUUUGUGAUGUUGAAAAUGUGCACUAGACAUAAUUAUACUGAGCUCUUUCCUCUUUUCGAGUCAUUUGCAGGUGACCGGGGC